UUUGCCUAGAUUUUCAGCUGUAAGAAGGCAGCAUGUGGAUGCGUCUCAUGUAUCCAGGCGGCUGGAAUGUCUAUUUAUAGAGUAACUGGAAUAGAAGUCGCAACUCAUAGAACAGAGCAAGACAUGAUCUGGGAAUGGACAUGGUAGACCGUUCACUGUCUCUCAGUGUGAAGAACAGGACAGUAAAAUACAUUUAAGGGUGGAAGGGCAGUGGAAAAUCAAGAUGCCUGUAAACCAGUCUCGAUCCAGGGCGAGGGACCGAAACAAUGUGCUGAACAGACCCGAGUUUAUGUCUCUAAAUCAGCCUUUAAAGAGCGCUGGCGCGGAAGCUCGCGGCACUGCGCGGAGGCCGUCGCAGAGACAGCAGCAAAAUCAACACCAGCCAGGCGAAAAUGCGCAGAACGAGUCACCCGAGAACAAUAAAGAAAAGAAGGAAUUACCAGAAGAAGACUGCAUGCAGCUUAACCCCUCAUUCAAAGGCAUCGCUAUGAACUCUCUUCUGGCCAUUGAUAUUUGUAUGUCUAAGCGGCUCGGCGUGUGCGCGCACCCCACAUCGUCGUGGGGAAGCGUGCGCUCUAUGGUCAAGCUGCUCGCGCUCACUGGCCAUGGCAUCCCGUGGAUCUUCGGUACAAUUUUGUGUCUUACAAGAAGCAACACGUUGGCAGGUCAAGAGGUAUUGGUCAAUUUGCUGCUAGCUCUCUUUCUGGAUGUGAUGACUGUAGCAGGCAUGCAGAAGUUGGUGAAGCGUAAAGGGCCUUGGGAAAUGGCACCCAGUUUCCUCGACUACCUGGCCAUGGAUAUUUAUUCUUUCCCAGCAGCACAUGCAAGCCGAGCAGCCAUGGUGUCUAAAUUCCUGUUAGCACAUUUGGUGCUUGCAGUUCCUCUGCGUAUUUUGCUUGUGUUGUGGGCCUUCCUAGCUGGCACAUCCCGUGUGUUUCUGGGUCGCCACCAUCUGACAGAUGUCGGAUGUGGCUUUGCCUUGGAUUCCUUCAUUACAGUUUAG